UCAGACGGUAGUGGUCAGUGUCAGACUGUAGUGGUCAGUGUCAGACGGUAGUGGUCAGUGUCAGACGGUAGUGGUCAGUGUCAGACGGUAGUGGUCAGUGUCAGACGGUAGUGGUCAGUGUCAUAACAGUGGGCAGUAUCAGAAAUUAGUGGGUGUCGUUAAAAAAAAACUUUCAGCGGAUAUUUUGUAAGGGUAUUUUGAGGAUAAUUUAGGGCUAGGCCACAGCAUGAGUAGGAGAGUGAGGAAACCCUACCACGUGCCUGCUGCGUUAGAGGAUGAUGAUGAUGACGACGAUGAAAGAAAUGACCGCGGGAUGAGGAAAUCAAAGAAAACAUUUACAGAUUCAUUCGAUGAAAAGGAUGACGACAGAAAUAAUGGAAGUACAAGAAAAACCAGAAAUGCUUAUACCGAUUCUGCUGUGUUUGGUGAUUGUAGUGAUCGAGAUUCAAGAGAAUCAAGAAAACCCUAUGCCCAAGUGUUGAAAGAAAACGCAGAUGAAAAAACUGACAAUGUGAUGAGGAAAGUAAAGAAAACUCAAACAGAUUCUGCUGUGUUCGAUGAUAAGGACGAUGAAAGAAGUGACCGUGAUGUGAGAAAAACUAGGAAACCACAAGUUGCGUCCUCUAAAGUAGACGAUGACGACGAUGAUGAUGAUGACGACGAUGAAGGGAAGGACCGCAGUUUGAGAACUCUGCGGGACAGAAUCGGCCAGAAGACACAACGUCACCCAGCCAGUCAGGAUCACAAGUACGACAGAUAUUCAGAUCAUGAGGAGGAGGAGGUUGGGAGGAUUAGGAGGGCUUACUCGGAGGAGUACGAAGAGGACGACGAAGAAGAGGAAUACGAACCGAAUAAAAUAGAGGAAGAAUUUAAAUACAAGGAAAUGCUAGAUCAGUCCACAUCUGAAUUAAAAGAAAUGAUUCAAGAGCUGGAUAAAAGAUACGACUUAAUUGAAAAUGAAGGCAAUGAGUGGAAAACUAGAUACGAGACACAGACAGAGAUGAAUCAACAGCUGGAAAAACAAUGUUUGGUCCAGCAAGAAAAAAUUGAAGACCUCAAAAGGAAUUUAAAAGAUGCUGGCAAAUCCCCACGAGACAACAGAGUGUUCGAUGAUUUGGCUGAUGCGAGUCCUCAAAUGGUGAAAGCUUUGGAAAAAGAGAGGAACAGCUUGUACAAUCAGCUGAGAGACUUGGAGUGGAGACUGGACCAGGAGUCAAAGGCCUACCACAAGGCUAACGAUGAGAGAAAACAAUAUGUUUUAGAGAUUAACGCCACCAAGGGCACUCUGGGUGAUUUAAGGACAAAGCAAAGACAACUCAUGCUAACUGCGCCAGAGUCACCACCACGGAUCACUCCUCGUGUCACCGGAGACAGUCCACGGACAUACAGGGAUGGCGGAGGAAAUAUACGAGAAGAUCAAAGGAUCCUUGAUGCCAAGUAUGGACCAAUCAAAAGGACAGCUGGGAUCAAAGUGCUGCCAAGUUUGGACUCAAUGUAA